CACCGACGACAGCGUCACCCACACACCCAACACACCCGUUACGAGAGCCACGUCUUCCGCAAACACCUGUUCGCUGCCGUUUGCACGCUAUCACGGUCGCAUAAACCCCGCGACUUCUUUUUGGCAAACGCGCAUCGACGCGCACCCCUGCUCCUACCGUAUCGUAUUCGUCACCUCUACCGCGUCGCCCACCACGCCAGCUCCCCCAGCUCUUUGACACCUCUCUCCCCGCGUGUCAGAGUUGGACUGGACAAAGCGCAAUUCUUCUCGACCAAAUACCGCCUCCAUAUCUUCCUGACGUGUGUCGCACUGCUUAGGCCAGUUGCGCCUGAGGCAAGAUGGAGUCCCACGCAACGUCGUACCAAGAUUCAUUGAUGCCUACGACCGAGAACGCACUCCCCGAAACACCACCCAAGCUUUGUUCUCCAUCGCCCGCUGAGUCCGCAGCACUCGCAAUGUCAAAACUCGCAUCCCCAGACCACAAGUUUACCUCCCCCGCACCCCGGACUACCUCUUCCAUGACCCCUCCACCCUCUUCUCAAAUCCCAAACACUCGUGCAGUCAUGAGGACGCCUACUCCCCCGACUCCACAACUCACGUCUCCCCCACCAACCAGCAAACUGCCCAAUCAGCCGUCUGCUUUGACAGACAUGGGUGCAGGUCUGUACCCGCAGGAUCAGGUGAACAGUGCCUCUGCCGAGGAGCUGAGAACCAUGGUCAACAGUCUUUCCAAUGCAUUACGCGACAUGCGACUCUCCGCAGCCCACUACAAGCUUCAAUACAACAUGGCUGUAAUGGAGAGUCAAGAGUCUGCAAGCCGAAUGGCUGUUGAGCUAGCCAUGGCGCAGAGAGAGCUUGACGUUCUUCAGCAAGCUGAAGAGAAGCGCCGCAACAACAUGGUCACCCCAGAGCAGACCUACCAUGAGUCUGCAAAUGCAGCCAAUGCUGUCUUGCUAUCAGAGAUGGGCCGCCAGAACCAGAUGCUGCAGAGUGAGAAUGAAGAGCUUCGCGACAUGCUUGAGCAGCAGAAACGUCUGACUGAGCAUCGCGAGGGCGAGCUUGCUAGCCUCUUGGAUGAGAAUGACCGUUUGAAGACGAGGAUUCGCAAGAACCGCGAUCACAUCGCACCUCUUCUUGAGCAGAUCGAACAAUCUUCACCGCGUUCAAAUUACGGCACACCUCAUCAGCCAACCCCCAGGAAUCGUGUCAACAGGGUGCCGCCAGCCCUCUCCGAAGAAAGUAGAAGUCAGAACAACUUCGAAGCUCUUCUCUUAGCCGACAAGAUGCUGAGUCAGGAGGUCGCUACUGCGCCCACAACCCCCAUCAGACAACACGCGCCCAGAUCACGCUUCAGUCAUCAGCGCGGCGCGCAGUCCAUGUCGUCGCUGCCACAGACCCCGAAUCGCAGAGCCGCCUACCCUCAGGUACCCCGCACACCGCCACUUUUCGUGCCAACCAACAUCCCUCAAUCUGCACCACCAGCGCACUACCAAGCCAAGCCCUCAAACACCCGCCGCCAAAGCAGCAAUUCCACCAUCACUGCCUCCAGCGUCGACGAAGAAGAAGCCUUCACCGACCGUGAGGAAGAUGAAGUCCCAGAAUCCCAGGCCAGCCAAAUGGCACGAAAUCUCCUGCAAAGAGCACCGCCCACCAAAGGCAUGAUGUCUGCCCCACCGUCAGCCCAGCCAGCCAACCUCGUCCAAAGCAAAAUCUUCGGCCAAGUCAAGAAAGGCUCCGGUCUAACCCGUGCCGGCGAGCUAAAGCGCGGCCGCAUGCCCUCGACAGCGGAUCUCCGCACUCAGACAAGUCCGCCGAAGCGCGGACGCGUCGAUCAAGGUGGAGUUUAUCAAGCUUAUUGAAAGUUUGGUGUUUUACGAUUCUGAUGGUUUGGGCGGCCGUUCUGAGGGAGGGGUCGUUUCUUUUUUUUUGCUUUUUUGCUUUUUGCUUUUGGAACGCAAGGUUUGGAUACCCUUCAUGCAAAUGAAUGCUGUUUGAGCAUGGCGCUAGCUAGCGCGGCUGACUUUGAGGUUGGCUGAUACUUUAUGAUUGUUUAUGCAAUAUAGCCCUUGACAUGUGGGGCUUUUUUGGACACUAUGUGGAGGGACAUGAGAGUGUGGGGAAGUUUAGUCUAGACAGAACUUGAAGUCAAUGUAUAUGCGCAUUAUUCGCUCAAGCGAGAGAUCAUAAACUACAAACG